AUGAGGGAACGGAGCCCCAUCCUGCUUGUCCUUGGCUCUGAAGUUGUGUUGGCAGCUGAGCAGGAGGCAGACAGCCGGGCUGCCUUUUCUGUCAUGACUUCAGAGAGAGACCAGCAACUGGGCAGCUUAACUGUCUUUAAUAAGGAGGAUUUUGAAGAAGACUGGGUUAAAGUGGCCAGCGGAGGCUUUGGGCAUGUGUACCAAGUCAAGCACAAGAGGUGGAGAACAGUUUAUGCAGUCAAAUGCUCUCCGUACCUGCUGCAGGACUCCAGCGUGGAGAGGACUAGUAUGACCUGUCUAAUGGAAGAGGCAACCAAGAUGGAGAAAAUCAAAUUCCAGCACAUUGUCACUGUCUAUGGGAUCUGCAACAGGCCUUUGGGGAUAGUGAUGGAAUAUAUGGCGAGAGGGUCCUUGGAGAAAAUUCUUCCCACUCACAAAAUGUCAUGGCAGCUCAAAUUCCGCGUUAUCCAUGAGAUGGGCUUGGCUAUGAAUUUCCUGCAUAGCAUGACACCUCCUUUGCUGCACUUAGAUCUAAAACCAGGGAACAUUCUCCUAGAUGGGAAUAUGCAUGUCAAGAUCUCAGACUUCGGGCUAUCAAAAUGGAUGGAACAGUCUAGCCGAAUGCAAUAUAUUGAAAGCUCUGCUUUGAGAGGCACUUUGAGCUACAUCCCCCCCGAAAUGUUUCUGCAGAACAGCAAGCCCCCAGGAAUCAAGUACGAUGUGUACAGCUUUGGAAUUGUCAUUUGGGAGGUACUUAUGCAGAAGAAACCUUAUGCAGGAGCCAACAUGAUGGCCAUUAUAGUCAAGGUUGCAGCAGGAAAGAGGCCCUGCCUAGAACCCACCAGUGAUGACUGGCCAGGGGAAUGCCAGCAGAUGGGUGACUUGAUGAAGAGGUGUUGGGACCAAGACCCCAAGCAAAGGCCAAGCUUUACAGAUAUCCCUGUAGAAACAGACAUGCUGCUGUCACUGAUACAAAGCCUUGUAGUAGAUCCAGAGAAUGAGCGCCUUGUUAGGAAGAUGUCCCACAAGCCUGCCAUCUCUGGGAACCAGCAGAGUGACAAAGAAGAGUCCAUCUUCCCCCAAGACACCAGAAGUGGUGGUAAUGACAAUCAGGAGGUUCGUAUCCCACAAAGUCCAGAGGACAUCUUAUCUGAGGAAAUCUGUAGGGUCCAUGAAAAUGGCCUCACAUUGCUUCACCUCAUGGUGAUGCAGGGAGAUGUGGAAAAGGUGAAGUUUCUCCUGAGCCAUAAAGCCAAUGUGAACAGCCAGGUAGUCUGUGGCUAUACCCCACUCAUUAUGGCUGUUCAGAAAAGGUCACCAGAGAUCUGCUCAGUUCUGAUAGAGCAUGAUGCAGACAUCAAUAUGGCUGAUGAUGAUGGCUGGACACCUCUUCACUUUGCUGCUCAGAAUGGGGAUGACAGAAUUGUACGCCUCUUGCUGGACCACCAAGCACAGGUAAAUGCUCAAGAGCAUGAUGGGUGGACCCCUUUGCACUUGGCAUCACAGAACAACUUUGAGAAUGUGGCCCGAGUACUGCUGUCUCGCCAGGCUGACUCCAACACCCCGGAGGCUGAUGGGAAAACUGCCCUCCAUGUGGCAGCUUGCUUUGGACACGUCAGCUUGGUGAAACUGCUUGCCAGUCAAGGAGCGGACCUGGAGAAAAAGCAGAACAACCAUAGAACCCCACUUCAUGUUGCUGUGGAGAGGGGAAAGUUCAGAGUAGUCCAUUAUUUGCUGAAGAAUGGUACCUCUGUCAACAGCCUGGAUCAAAAUCAUUACAGCGCCCUGCACCUGGCUGUGGUGAGGGGGAAGUAUCUCAUCUGUGAGAAACUCAUCAAAUAUGGAGCCAAUGUGGAGCUGAGGACAGACAAAGGUUGGACUGCCCUGCACCUGGCUUCUUUCAAAGGACACAUUGAGAUCAUCCACCUGCUAAAAGAUAGCCACGCCAAACUGAAUGCCAAAGGAAGCAUGGACUGGACGCCACUUCACUUGGCUACUCGCUACAGCGAUGAGCCGGUAGUCUGUGAGUUAUUGAGAUGUGGGGCAGAUCCCAACAUUGCUGAGAAGUCACAGUGGGCCCCUCUCCAUUUUGCAGUCCAGCGGGGCUCCUUUAUGGCUGUCAUCAAUCUUCUGGAGUGCAAGGCAGAUGUCAAUGCGAAGAACAAAGUGGGCUGGACACCCUUGCACCUUGCUGUCCUCAAGGGCAAUAUGGCCAUUAUAAAGACCUUGAUUAAGGCUGGUGCUCUGCUUGACGUGGAAGAUAUCACUGGCUGUACAGCCCUCCAGUUGGCAAUUAGACAUCAGAGAGAAAACAUCAUUACGCUGCUUCAAGGCAAGGACUCCUUGAUGAAUAAAUCAGGGAAUCGGACUCUGCUGAAUGAUGCUAAGAUUUCAAGACCCAAAUUUGUUCCAGGAAGGACAGAUCUGUAG